AUUCUCCACAUGUGGCACCUACAGAAGGCAGAAAUUCCUUCUGCUCAUGGCCACUGGAACACGUAGCAGCAACCUGGGAUUCUGAGGCUCUGCCUUUUGCCCAGUUUUAAGAACAAGACCCAGGCACUGCUUUCGCCAUGCCACUGGAUGUACCAACACCUGCUGGGAUGAGGUUUUUCCUCCAGUAUGCCGGCUGUUUUUUUGCUUUUUUCUCUACUGGCUUUUUGAUAGCAUCUACCUGGACAGACUGCUGGAUGGUGAACGCUGACGAUUCCCUGGAGGUGAGUACAAAAUGCCGUGGUCUGUGGUGGGAAUGUGUCACAAAUGUUUUUGAUGGGAUCCAAACAUGUGAUGAGUACGACUCCAUCUUCGCUGAGCACCCUGUGAAGCUGGUGCUGACCCGAGCCAUGAUGAUCACAGCAGAUAUCCUGGCAGGAUUUGGAUUUCUCUUCCUUGUCCUGGGUCUGGACUGUGUGAAAUUCCUUCCAGAUGAGCCACUUAUCAAGCUGCGCAUCUGCUUGGUGUCUGGAGUUACCUUGCUCAUUGCAGGUCUCCCAGGCAUCACGGGUUCAGUGUGGUACGCCAUUGAUGUCUACGUGGAGCGCUCCUCUUUGGUCUUCCACAACAUCUUUCUGGGCAUCCAGUACAAGUUUGGCUGGUCGUGCUGGCUCGGCAUGGCGGGAUCACUGGGCUGCUUCUUAUCUGGGUCCCUGCUCACCUGCUGCAUGUACCUCUUCAGAGAGACCAGCUCUGGAAGGCUCCACUCUGCAUACUCCUUGAGGAAGGGCUAUUCCUCUGCUGGGACGAUUGUAACAAACGUGCACUUGCCAUCCUCACAAACAGCGACUGCCAAAAUGUAUGCUGUGGACACAAGAGUGUGAGAAGGAGGCAGAGACAUCAGAAGGAGCUCCACUACGGUGGACUGUGCAGAGACUUGAGCUCCUACGGUUGUGGUGUAGAUGCAAAGUUGAAUUUAGAGGUGUACUGUAUGCUGUGCUGUUUGCAUUAUGACAGCUUAAAAAGGAAAAAAAAAAUCCUUCAAGAAAAUAACCUCCAAAAAGAUCAUGCUUUAGGGAUUCCGAUUCCUGCUGUCUUCAGUGCUGAGGCUGCUUGCAUAAGCAUGGACUGAAAUCACCAACACAAACUCUUCCAGCCUUUGGCUCAUCGCUAUCAGUGCGAGUGAAAUAAAUCAGCUGCUCCCACAUCAGCCACCAGCUCUCAGCAAAAAGAAUCUCAAACUGUAAGACAGAUCUCAAUAGAUGGAAGUAAGAGUUAUGGGUGAAGUGAUGAAUUCAUGGAUUAUACCAAGAAGGCAGAGAGAGAUCUGGAGGUGAUAGGCAUUUCUGUUACUCCAGCUUCCUGGAGUAGCGGAGGGGGAGCAAUCUAGAAUCACCUGCUAAUGUGGAAAUACUUGCAGAUCUCAGACAGUUGAUUUCUCUUGGAGUAUGUUGUAGCUGGGGAGACUUCUCAGCCUUUAUCCUAAUGGUUUUCAGCUUGUUUUAGGGUGGUGGGAAGUGUCUUGUGACUUGCAACACAUGGGUCAGGCCAAGCAGUGGCUCAGAGGACACUUAGGGGCUGACCAUCUGUCCCUCCAGCUUUGUGCUCCUUUAGGUGUGCCAGUAAAACAUACACAUACUCCAAAUACUGGCUUAACUCAGGGUGCAAAUUCCUCAGAUAUACAUAUAUGCAGAAAUUACUGCAUAAACGCUCACAAGACAUUUUUGCCUCCAGUAUGCAUGUAGUAUAAGGGUUAAUUUUAUUCUCUGUACGCUAAAUGUUAGCUUUGGAGGAUCCAUCUCCUGCACAAGAGGGCUAAGUAAAGGUCACAGCAGCCCUUAGGUUUGCUGGGUUAAUGUUUUGUAACAACCGGUCCAACGCUGAGUUGCUUCAUUCAAAUCCUGCUGACAGUCUACGUGAUGUUUUGAUCAGUUGUUAGUAUGUAAUGGUUCAUGCAUUGAUUGAUUGAACUCUGAAUUUGAUUUCACGACUGCAGUGUGUAGUCCUCGUUAGUUCACUGUCAUGCCAUGAUGCCAGUCUAUUUUAGUUUGGUCCUUUACUCAUUAGCAAUAAAUCCUCCAGGAAGAACACAGGAUUUCCUUUCCUUUUCAAAAUCACAACCAGUCCCCAAGACUAAAGACAUUGCAGAUGAGCUCAGGUAUUAAGUUUUUUUCUUUAGUUCUUCCAAAUUCCUACUGGGGCAACCUAUCAGGGCUCUGGCUUGUUGUAGGUUACAGAGGGCAGCAAUGUCUUAGCUCUUUGCUAAGGUGAUUUCAUGCUCUACAAAUAAAUAUUGAUUACCCAUUUUGAUGUAUGCAAGCAAGAGAGAGAUAAUAAAAUGAUGACACCUACAAUAGCUGUCCUUUCCUGCUUGCAAUAUAUUGUCCUUUCACUGUCUUGUUCAGCCUUGGCCAGAAGGGCUCUUACUGCAGCUCUAAUGCGAACUCACUCUUUGUAAAGGGCUUUGCAAGAAACAGACAGGAAUAGUUUGCUUUUAUGUGGGAGGGUGUGCAGUUUAAUUCUACACCCCUCCCUCAGGAGUAUCUUCAUUCACUGCCUUUGCCCACUCCGCACUUGCACAAGAGCUUACAUGCAUCACUCCUAGAAAGGGACUCAGAGUAUACCAAUAUACUGAUGAUGUGUUGAUUGGGGGCCUUAUGUUGUACCUGACUGGGAGAACAUAACCCUCUUAAGGACCGACACCUGCAUUUGAAAGAUAACAAAGGGUGGUGGGAUGCUUGGCAAGUGGCAUUCAAGGCCAGGCUGGAUGGAGCUUUGAGCAACCUGGUCUAGUGGAAGGUGUCCCUUGGGUUGGAACUAAAUGAUCUGAAACAUCUCUUCCAACCCAAACAAUUCUAUGUGUCUAUGAUUCUGUGAUUAUAUUCAUCUAUUCUGACUUUCUGAAGGGAAGCAAUAUGUAUUAGUAGGGGUUGAGAUUGUGUCAGAGUUGACCCAGGCCAAGCAGUCUCAGGAGAUAACACUGUGAGGGGUUUGAAGCUCUGGUUUAUCUGUUUGCCCAAACACCAAACAAUACAAUCAAGUAAUGGGAGUCAAUUUACUGACAGGCCUGAGAUGGGGAGAUUCAGUGUGUAUUCCACACCCCUCAUUACCCUUAAGCGAAUGUUAUCAUAGUGGGAUACAAAUAAACAUUUACUGAUAGUUAGAUGUCAUUUCACCUUAAUUUAGCCAGAGAGAAUUUUGAAACUUCAGUGACCCUGAUUGGAUCAUGAAAUUCUUAUCCUGUCCUUGUGAACUAACAUAUCCUCAUGCAGGUACAUGGAUAUUGUCUAAAAUAUGGAUUUUGCUACUUUUCACACACAUUGAUUUUUCUGUGAAUUCAGUAAGUCUGAACUAUUAUUUUCAUUAGAUAAGAAUGUUUCUUUAGAAUUCUGUUUUCCUUACAUGUUGUCCUAUUUCUGAGAUACAAUAAAUACAGUUGCCUUUGAGUGUCA